UGUCGUAUCUUUCACAGUAAUCUCUUGGAUCUUCAAAAAUAUAAACACAUGUGGCAGUGGCACCGUGACGUUGAGAUAAGGUGGUUAAUGUUGUGAAGGUGUGUGUGUGAAGUAUGGGUAAAAUUGUUGUAUUGCACCCUGAUUUGGGCAUCGGAGGAGCUGAAAGAUUGGUCGUUGAUGUUGCCUUGGCAUUGCAGAAGGAAGGUCACGACGUUCAAUUCGUGACUGCACACCAUGAUUCGAAUCAUUGCUUUGCUGAAACGAAGGAUGGAAGCUUUCAAGUUACAGUAGUAGGCGACUGGUUGCCCCGUAGUAUUUAUGGCCGCUUUCACGCUGUAUUCGCCUAUCUACGUAUGAUGUACGCAGCGAUGUAUCUUGUCUUCUUCAGUGGAAUCAAGCCAGAUCUUGUGUUUUGUGACCAGGUGUCAGCCUGUAUUCCGAUCCUGCGCUACCGGGGUCUGAAAGUUGUGUUUUACUGCCACUUUCCAGAUCAGCUACUCAGUUACAGAGACAGCCGCCUGAAGCAGAUGUACAGAGCGCCUUUGGACUGGUUGGAAGAGGUGACUACGGGAAUGGCCGACAAAGUACUUGUCAACAGUAAGUUUACUGCCAGUGUCUUCAAAGCAACUUUCAAAAGACUGGCAAAAGUCACACCCGACGUCCUGUAUCCUUCUGUGAACACAGACUUAUUCGAAGGUUCUGCGACGCGUCGGCUUAAUGAAGUCAUAGAAGAUCCCGCAUUUCUUGUCGAUGAUGCCUUUUUAUUUUUGUCUAUCAAUCGUUACGAACGUAAGAAGAACCUGUCUCUGGUACUAAGAGCCUUUGCAGAUUUGAGGACGAUUCUUGAUGAAGAUAAGUGGUCUAAUGUCUUCUUGAUUAUGGCGGGAGGAUAUGACAAUAGAGUGAAAGAGAAUGUAGAACACUUCACAGAACUAGUGUGUCUUGCAGUUAGGCUUGGAGUGUCGGAAAAAGUAAAAUUUUUUAAGUCACCUUCGGAUUCCGUUAAGCUAUCUUUGUUGUAUCAUAGUCACUGUUUGGUGUACACUCCAGCCAAUGAGCAUUUUGGGAUUGUGCCACUGGAAGCCAUGCAUGCCAAGAAGCCUGUAAUAGCCGUUAACAGUGGAGGCCCCACAGAAACAGUAGUUGAUGGAGUUACUGGCUUUCUUUGUGAACCUGAACCAGAUAAAUUCGCCGAAGCAAUGAGCAAAUUCGUAUCUAAUAAGCCUCUUGUCAAGAGAAUGGGUUUGCAGGGCAGGGAUUGGGUUAUGGAAAAGUUUUCAUUCUUAUCAUUCAGCAAGCAAUUGCAGAAAAUUGUCAUGGAAUUUCUGAAAAGUGAUGACAGUAAUGACUGAAUGGUGUACUUGAGGAAGAGUUACUCACAGUACCUGAUAUUUUGAGGUAGACUGCAUUUAAAAUAGUCAUUCCACAGUUACUGGUAAUCUCAGAAGACUGAAAGGUAGGCUACUGUGAAAGUGACAGGAUAUGAAAUAGUGAAGCAGUGCCUUGUCUUGUUGGAAGAUCAAAAAGUUAAUGAGUGUGUAAACAGUCAUACACACUGAAAAAUUGUUUAUUUAAUGUUGGGGUGAUUUUUUUUUUUUUUUUUUAUGUAAAUAUGAAAUCAAUUUUUGACAAAAUAAGGUAACUGGGGGUAGAUAGUCCACUCUCAAAAUGGCGGUAGAACACACACAUAAGAUUGUAGUUGGGCGAGCUCAAAAAUAAAGACUAAAACCUUAAUUGCCGACAGAUACCUGCAAAUUGACAUUACCCAUACUGUUUUCAGAAUAUUUGUACUAUGAAGCAAAUCAUUGGUUAAAAUGUUGUUGGUUUGUGAAUUACACUUCCAAAGAAAAUGUAUGCUAGUGGAAGAUGUAUGUAUGUGAUACUAUGCACACCAUUUGUUGUUUCUGUGUAAUUUUAUUUUGUUCAUCAAAUAUGGUGUAGUUUUGUUGUAAGUUAUAUUGCAGGUAACAUCUGAGAUGCUAAAAGAGAUUUCUAUGGUUCACAUUACACAAGUGUACACUCUAAUUCAUUGUAUUUUGUACAUUAAGUGAUAAAUCCUCUUUGUAUUUAUGUCAAAUUGGAAUUUAUAUCUGAUUGAUGCUGAAAUUAUGUUAAGCAAAUUGAUUGUUCUGCUGUACCAUUGUUGAAAACUUGUGUACAGCAGACUUUUUUGUAGUGUAUGGCACACUGGUUUUGUAUGGCUGUUUUUAAAUUACAUGCACUCUUAAUUAUCA